GUCUCUAUUACUGCUUUUGGGACGAGACUAGACGUAUAUUAGGAAUCCUUUGUUUGAAUUAAGACUAACUAAACCGAGGAAGCAUGGUAUCUGCCGGGCUACAGAUGUUGGGCACGGCCCUGGGCAUCAUUGGCUGGAUCAUGACCAUCGUGAUUUGCGCUCUGCCCAUGUGGAAGGUCACAGCUUUCAUUGGGAACAACAUUGUAACAGCACAGAUUACCUGGGAGGGCAUCUGGAUGUCCUGCGUUGUGCAAAGCACCGGUCAGAUGCAGUGCAAAGUCUACGACUCUAUGUUGGCUCUCAGCUCGGACCUGCAGGCCGCUCGCGCACUGUGCGUCAUUUCCAUUUUGGUUGGAAUCAUUGCGAUUUUCCUGUCCAUCGCUGGUGGCAAAUGCACCAACUGUGUGGAGGACGAGGGCGCCAAAGCAAAGGUGGGCAUCGCGUCUGGCGUGGCUUUCAUCAUCUCUGGUGUCCUGUGUCUGAUUCCCGUCUGCUGGACGGCCAACACCAUUAUCAGGGACUUCUACAACCCUUUAGUAAUCAGUUCACAGAAAUAUGAGAUCGGAGCUUCUCUAAUGGCAUCUCAAGGAGUUCAGAUAAUGGGCAUUUUCACAGCCUUCUUGGGAUGGUUGGGAGUCAUCAUUGCCUGUUGUCUGCCUCAGUGGAGAGUAACGGCUUUCAUUGGCGCAAAUAUCGUGACAGCGCAGUUAAUCUGGGAGGGAAUUUGGAUGACUUGUGCAGUACAAAGCACCGGACAGAUGCAAUGCAAGAUUUAUGACUCCAUGCUAGCACUCAGCCAAGACCUGCAGGCCGCCAGAGCUAUGAUCAUAAUCUCUAUUUUGGCUGGCAUCUUGGGGGUUGUGGCGUCCAUCGCUGGUGGGAAGUGCACCAACUGCAUUGACAAUUCCCGUGCCAAAGCUACGGCAUGCAUCAUGGCUGGAGUGUGUUUUAUAAUCGCAGGUUUGCUCUGCUUGAUCCCUGUAUCCUGGACAGCACAGAGCGUCAUCGUCGAUUUUUAUAAUCCUUUAGUGACAGAUGCACAGCGCAGGGAAUUGGGGACUUCCUUGUACAUUGGCUGGGCAGCUGCAGGUCUUUUGCUGUUGGGGGGAUCACUACUCUGCUGGAACUGCCCUCCCAAAGAGCAGCACAUCUACAACCCCAAGUACACCGCUGCAAGAUUAACCCCUAUCUCCAGGGAAUACGUCUGACACAAAUAGACUAUUGCUGUAUAUCCAUGGUUUCUGUUUAGAAUUAGAGCUAGGAUUUGGUAAGCAUUCUGAAUUGGUGAGUUUUCUAAAAGAUUUUUUUAUCUCCAAUGGCUUGUAAAUAAACCACAUUGUUCAUACUGUUCACCUUCAGCUGUGGUUUGGAAAGAAAUAUUGUUAUUAUUCAUUUCAUCAUUCAAAAAAAAAAAAAAGGAAAAGAAAAAUGGCAAAAUAAAAAACUCAUACUGUUAGAAGAUUUCUUGGUCAUGUCAUGGGGCAAAACUAAGCACUAAGCUGGAAUAAGACAUGAAAUUAUUAUAAAAUUUAUAAAGUUAUACCAAAUCAAUUUUUUGAGUUUAUUGUAUUCUUUAUGAAACAAGCACAAAGUGUAUAUAUAGCUGACUAAUCUAAUCAGUGUUUUAAAAGCAUUUUAAUGAUAAAAUGCUAAUAAAACUGCUUAGAGUUCAAUAUCUCUGUACUUUGAUAAAAGAAAUGAUGACAAAAAACAUAAUGUUUAGGAUGAAUUAACAGAGAAGUGUAUGUAUGUUCUUCUGGGUUUUUUUUUGUUUGUUUGUUUAUUUAGUUAAUUUAUUUUAUUAAUUUUGUUAAUUUAUCAUGGUGCUAGUCAAAAGUUGUAAUGUGAAAUACAAAAAAAAAAUCUUUAAAUGAUCUCAUUUAUAGAUAGAAUCUAUAGUCAAGCAUAUCAACGAUAAAAGUCUUAAGCGCAAAAGUGUUGGCAUCCAUCAUAUAUUUUGUAAAAAGGAAUUUUAUGCAAUUGGACUACAGUUGAAUUCCCCUGUUGUGAUCAAAAUAAAUAUAUGAUAUAUUUAAAAUAAACUCAGAACUGUA